AUGUCUCGACCAACAACCACCACCGAUCUUGUCAAGCGUCUGCAAAGCGAGGUAAUAAGCAAAAAGGAGCGAAUCGCCCUACAGGCACUCGCCACGGAGAUGUUCGAAGUGUUUCGCGAAGAAAAACUUCUGCGCCUGGGACACGAAGCCGCCGCGCUGGCCGUUGUGGCAAGCCCAGAGCGCUACCGGGAGCUGCUCUGGGCAUUCGCCAAUGCCAUCAUAGAGGGCACCACCGACGACAAUGUGCUGCACCCGGUUCUUUGCAAAUCGCUUGUGCACGUCCUGCGAUGCUCCAUCACGCGCGACACCGCUGACCCGAGCACCAAGGUCGACAGUCGACUUGGCACCGUCCUCAGCAGCCUCAAACGGCGCCUGGAGUCCGCUGUGGCACAAGGUGACCCAAAUGCAGAAUACCAGUUGGUGUCGACACUGGGCAGCGUGCUGCAUGCCAUGUACGACGUCCAGAUGGUCGGCAUUGACCGCGAAACGGUGCAAAAGCCACUUCUGGACACGCUGGACACGCUGAGCAAAGACAGGGAGAUCCGCCUUGCGCAGGCCGCAACCUAUGCCUACGAAGCGCUCCGAUGCCUCCCCGACAGCGAAGGCCCCUACAAGAUACUCCUCCUCAAGUUGGUCGACGUCGUUGGUGCCGUGAGCAAGAUUGCCGGAGCAGUGGCGACCAUGGACGCCUCCAAGCUAUUUAACGGCGCUGUGGGCUUGGCCGAUGUGCCCGAUCUCGUCUCUGCCAUGGUGGACGUGGUGAAGUCGAUCUCCGAGGCCGUGGGCAGUCUUGAUGCCGCCAAGGAUGUUGUCAGCAAACAACGCAAGCCCAAGAGCUGGUACGUGGCGCUGCGCUACGGCGACAUGCUGAUCCAGAACAGGGCCUUUGCAAUCCUCAAGUUGUUUUUGGACAAGGUGCCCUGCCGCCAAGACAUUGAUUUUCUUUGUGGCCUAUCUGCCCAGCUGGAGCAAAUGUGGGUGCAGGCGGCGGCCGACGAUGGUGCCCAAGCACGCGCCACGCGAGAUCAUGUCCAAGCCGUAUUUGCGUCAUUGCCGCAGCCGAAGAGCCGCUCGGAUCCACUGCACGGUGUCAUUGGCGGCGCGUCGGACAACAAAAAGCGGUGGGCCGCGUGGAAAGACGCGGUUGCUCGCACAAUGCGUAGCCACACACCGCAGCCGAACAACGACAACAAAACAAAAGACUACGCAGACACGCUUCACUGCUACACCGUCACAUUCGGGUCGUUGCCUACCGGUCUCCUCUCAAAAGCAUGGCUUCGGUGCACCCAGGCCCAGCGAUUUUACGCGGAUACACGUCUUCGAAAGCAUUACCUUGCUCACGACGAGUACCUUUUAAAAAUCGAGCGGUUGUCUGGCGCGUGGUUGCCCAUGCAGGACUGCUAUAUCAAUCUGAAAAUGAUCAAGACGUCCAAGUCCAACACAAGCAACGAGACGGUGCCUCUUCACAGCUUGUUCGACCCUUGCAUCUGCAAGGACGGGGUGAUGCGUGUGCCUCGUCGCCUUUUGAUUUACGGCGCUGCUGGUGUUGGCAAGACGACACUCUGCAAAAAGGUUGUGUACGAGCUCACGCGAUCCCCAGUGAGCCCCGAAUUUCAAUCUUGGACGGCGGCGUACGACAGGGUCAUUUGGCUCCCCCUUCGAAAUCUAACGAGUCACGACCCUGGCAAGAAGUACACGUUGCUGGAUCUCUUUCAGGCGGAAUAUAUGCACGCACUGCAAGACGGUGAAGUCUUCGCACGGGUCCUCCACGAUCACUGCACAGCGUCCAGCGACGAUGACGCAAAAAGCAGCCGCACGCUGUUUUUACUCGACGGCCUCGACGAGGUGUCACAGUACCUUGACGCCAACCACCGGGCAGCCAAGUUUCUCCUUUCCUUGCUCAGCCAGCCGGAUGUCAUCAUCACGUCCAGACCAGGUGUACGCAUUCCCAACCGAAUGCGUAUACCACCAUUGGACUGCGAGCUGGAGACGACGGGGUUCAAUGAUUACCAAGUACAGCAGUACGUGCGCCAUUCUCUCAGCGACAGGCAGCGUGUAGAAGCGUUUCUGCGGUUCCUGCACCGCCACAGGCUCUUGUCGGAGCUCGUCAAGAUCCCACUGCUGCUGGACGCACUGUGUUACAUCUGGCAAGACAACAACCCCAACGACAACCCCAACGACAACCCCGACGACGAUAACCCCGACAACGACAACCACGCCACCGAAGCAGCGCAGUCCAUCAAAACGGCCACGGCCAUCUACCGGGCCAUUGAAGACAAGCUGUGGUGCAAGGACAUUCCCCGUCUCGAGAAGUACGGCCCCCGUGGCCGUAUCACCGAAGACAUGGUACGUGGUCUCCGGAUACGGGAGCAAAUCCGCGAGCUGGUCCACGUCGAAGCCGCGUUUCUGCAACAGAUGGCCUUUUCGGGGCUGGUCAGCGAGACCGUCUACUUUAACGAGCGCCACUGCGACAACGUGCUGCGACACAUGGACGCGCCGUGCCUUUCUGGAUCCGUAGACGAUGUGCUGCUCCACGUGUCGUGUCUGCGCACCCUGCAGCCGUCCAUCGCAUCGCUGGAUUCGAUGGCCACCACGGACCGCCACCGGACAUACCACUUUGUGCACUCUACGUUCCAGGAGUAUUUUGCGGCACAGUACUUUGUCGGCUGCUGGACAGCUGGCACGGCGCUUGCUUUCGUUGUCUCAAAGGAUAGUGCAAGGCACGUCAUGGGCACGGACCGGUUUCUUGCCGCCCACAAGUACGACGCUCGCUACAGCCGAUUUUGGCGCUUCGUGGCCGGCUUGCUCCACAACGAGACCGACGCCCCCGACACGGCCAGUCUAGGGCGUUUCUUUGACGCCCUGGAGAGCGAGCCACGCGACAUUGUGGGCCACGAGCACCAGGCGCUGGUGGUGCAGUGUCUGGUCGAGGCCGACCCAGCCCAGGACAUGGCCCUCUUUGACGCGCACCGCAGCCGCUUGAAGGAGUGGGUAGCGUACGACUUUGAUCAGUGGCAGACACUCCGGGUGCUGUCACUCUUCUCGUUUCCCGAGCUUAUAUCUGGUCCCAUUGUGCAGGACGAGACGGGGACCAUUACCCUGAGCGAGACAAGGACGUUGGAGCUGCUGCAGAGCAAUUUUCUACGGGAAGUGCCCCCGGACCUGUGCAUCAUUGACGCGUCGGGGCGCAUGCCACUCGCUACCUGCAAGCUACUGCGAAAGCAGCCGUUUCUUCCAGUCCAUGUUCUCCAGGCCAUCACAUACCGUCUUCGCCACUCUCCAAUCGACCGAUCACACCAUUCUCUCGACGUACUGGGCCAGCAUCUCGGUGACGCGCUGCCGUUGAUCCUCGAUUGUCUCAGACACACGACGGGCUUUGUGCGGGCCAAUGCCGCCACCGCCUUUGCCGGGAUCGCGUGUGACAGAGCGGCUCUCCCGCCCGAGGCCGUUGCGGCGCUGGUUCGUUGUUGCACCAGCGAUGUGUUUGAGGGUGCGGCAUGCAAUGCCAUGGUCGCAUUGUGCAACGUGCGGCCCUUUCCCCAAGACGCCAUUGUCGUCAUCUGCGACAAGCUGCACGACGAAAAAGACAGUGUCCGCCGAGCCGCUGCAGAGGCCGUGAGGCAAGCGCGAAGGCUCCCUGUAGAAAUAUUCCUGGAAAUUACCGGCCGGCUUCUGGAUCCAGCGCCCGACGUCCGGUCGGCGGCAGUAAAAGUGUUUGGAGCAAGACUAGAAGCGCUGCCCGAUGCCGUUUUGGCUCGCCUGGCCCAAUUUCUCGGCUCGUCGUCCAACGCAGAAAAAGCGGCGGCAAUCCACAUCUUGGGCAGAACGCCGGACAACGCGUGGAGAAUGGAGCGAAUACGUAGCCUGCGCAAGGGCGAGGCCAGGAACACACAGCAUCCUGUUUUUGAGGCGCUGAUCGAAUUGCUGCACAACGGUCCAACGCCCACAAUCCGUGGCGUUGCCGCAUUGGCGUUUCGACUGACAGACGGGCCUCUCCCCGCACACAUAUACCAACAGCUUGCUGUCGGUCUUGCGGACCAGGACUUUGGUGUCCGCGGCUAUACGGCCGUGGCUCUAUGUUACCAUACAACACCUCUCUUUCCUGCCGUGGACGAUAUUGUCCUUGGUAUAUUAUCACAGGCCGAAAACUUUGACAACAAGCUUACGCAGCGUGUGUUUAAUAUCCUUCCCACAACCUUGCCUCUGUCUCCAGCGACAAUGGACGUCCUGGACCAGAAACUGUGGGAUUCCACAACGGCGCGUUGCAUACGGACAUGGAUACUCGCCGUAUUUCAGGUUCAAGCUGGCCGUCUUUCUGAGCCCACCUUGCAGACUCUAGCAACACCCAAACAAAUACAAACGCUAAUUAAACUCCAAAACAUUCAAAUUCAUACAGCACGCCACCAGGUGGCCGAAGUCAACUUUGCAACCCUGCGACAGAUUACGGAGAUCUUUGGCGCACGGCAGUCAUUGCCAGAGAGCGUCUUGUCGAGUCUACUGGAGCAGCUUCCUUCUAGCAACGGCGACGGCAGCCUUGAAGUAUUCUCGGUGGCAUUCAUAACUGCCCUAUCGCACCGCGAAUUGGUCUCUCGGCCCGUCCUAACGAGCAUCUUGUCGUGCCUGACGAGUUCUGUUACGGAAACGCGUAACAAGGCGGAAUCGACACUUUAUCGCAAGUCGACCUUGCCGCUGGACAUUCUCCUGCCGCUGCUGCAACAUACCGUACGAGCCAAACGCGCUGUGAAAUUCAACGAGCGCGCGAAACGGAUUUUUGAGCACAUGGUGGCCCGUCCUGACGCGGAACUUGCCAGCCUGCUUCAAUCAAACAAUGGAAACGCCCGUCUUCUGUUUGAUAGUUGUCUGUGCAUGGCAAACCACCAGCCCGUUCUAUGCUAUGCGGAUGGAGACACACAUUAUGCAUUUGUUGUCGGUGGACACAAACGACGCGUGCCAAAAGCGUACUUUCCAGCCGACCCGGAAGACAUCCUGAGAGAGCUGGGUGUUCCGGCGGGUCGACACCGGGUAUGGGACGAAAUCGCAGAAGAGAGUGCGCAGGGAGGCAAAGGCGAGGAUGGGGAGAAGGGUGAUGAGAAUGAUGAUGGCAAGUACCGGUCGGGUUACAUUUUUGUUACUUUUACUGUUAUCAUCCUCUGGGCAUCGUUUUAUGUUUCGUUUUUAUAA